AUGACCAACAAAUCAAGUGGACAAGCAACAUCCGAUGUCCGUGCUGGACAUGAGCUUAAUGUCGCUGCCCUCGAAGCCUAUCUCGUAGCCAAUAUUCCAGGAUUUACAGCACCUCUCGACGUGAAGCAGUUCAAGCAUGGUCAAUCGAAUCCCACAUAUCUAAUCAAGGAUGGAAACCAAACCCAGUUUGUACUUCGCAAGAAGCCUCCAGGAGCUCUCUUAUCAAGCACUGCACAUGCCGUUGAACGAGAAUACCGAAUCAUCAAGGCAUUGGGUGAUGGCACUGAUGUCCCUGUUCCCAAGGUAUACGCAUUGUGUACUGACACGGCCGUGAUUGGUACUCCCUUCUAUGUCAUGGAAUUCCUCAAGGGCAGGAUCUUUGAGGAUGUGCGUAUGCCUCAAAUCCCAUUUGAAGAACGUAAAAAGUGCUGGUUCUCGGCAAUGGAAACGCUUGCCAAGCUUCACCGUAUCGAUUACAAGGCCAUUGGUUUGGGAGAUUACGGACGUCCUUCUGAUUUUUACAACCGCCAGAUGAGAUCGCUUAGCAAGGUUUCAGCUGCCCAAUCUGCUGCCAAGGAUCAAGAUACUGGUGAAGUGGUUGGACCUAUCCCACGUAUGGAAGAAAUGUUUGCAUGGUUUAAAAAGAAUCAACCUGCUGAUGAAUCAACCAUUGUCCAUGGUGACUUUAAGAUUGACAACAUGAUCUUCCAUCCCACUGAGCCUCGAGUCAUUGGUGUCCUUGAUUGGGAAUUGUCUACAAUUGGUCAUCCGCUGUCAGAUCUUUCGAAUCUCCUGCAGCCUUUCUACGUCCCUGCUACUGCUCCUAUUCCUGGAUUCAAGAAUCACCCUGGACCUUUGCCAAUCCCUGGUGCUGAGGAACUUAUGCAAGUAUAUUGCAAGCACGUGGGCAGACCUUAUCCUAUCGAUCGUUGGUUAUUUGCCGUAGCAUUUUCCUUUUUCAGAUUGUCUGUUAUUUUACAAGGUAUUGCUGCACGUGUGGCUCGCCGACAAGCAUCAUCUGCUCAAGCCAAACGCCAUGCUGAGAACUUUAAGCCUCUUGCUUUCCUUGCACUUGAGAUUGUGGACCAAGGCGAUUUGAACCCAAGCAAGUUGUAG